AUGGUGGAUAAGGAGCAGGUCAGACCACUAGCCCCCACCGCCAACGGCCAGAGCAGCGACGCCGACGAGGCCGCCCUUCCCGUAAAAAAAGGUAUACUAAAAAAGUUCAUCUACUACUGUGGCGGCAUAACAGCCUUGCUCUUAAUCCUAGCCGUGGUGAUCAUAAUUCUAGCGUUCACUGUGUUCCGCUUGAAGGAGCCAAAGAUCAAAAUGAACAAAGUCACAGUUACAAGGCUGGAGCUGAUCAACAACAACACAACCCCUAAGCCAGGCUCCAACAUAUCGUUAACAGCCGAUGUGUCGGUGAAAAAUCCCAACGCGGCUUCGUUUAAGUACAACACCACCACCACCACUCUAUAUUAUCACGGCGUGGUGGUGGGGGAGGCUCAUGGCUCGCCAGGCCAGGCUAAGGCCCGACGGACCAUGAGAAUGAAUAUAGCUGUUGAUGUCAUAACUGAUCGGCUCACAUCCAAUCCCAAGUUUGGGGAGGACGUGGGAUCGGGGUUAUUGACUAUGAGUAGCUAUUCUAGAAUUCCAGGGAGGGUGAAUAUGUGGAAUAUUAUCAAGAGACAUGUGGUUGUGAAGAUGAAUUGUACCAUGACAGUUAACAUUUCCAGCCAGGCAAUUCAAGAACAAAAAUGCAAGAGGAAAGUUAUCACUAGGUUUGUAGUUUAUUUAUAA